UGAGAAGCUACAGCAAAAGACUCCAUAACUCCUCAGUGCGAAUAACGGGACAGCAGAGCCUGCAUCUCCCUCCGCCUCUCUCUCUCUCUCUCCCCACAGCUCCCUGAGUCCCGGAUGUUGGAUCCAAUUCUGUUUUAUUCACUUCCAUAAAAGGGCAGCGGCCGUGGAAGCUCCUCGGGACUUUUUUUUUUCCACACAUUCGCUGAAUCCAAACAUCAGACCCGGAGUUUUCUUUUGCCUUUAAUUUGUGAGUCCCGUCUCACCGCCUCCCACACUCCUCCUCCUCCUCACGCUCAGUUUGAGGAGCUGUGACUGCUGCCCAGUGAGAGACAGGGGAGUGACUGUGUGAGACUGUGUGUGUGUGUGUGUCUGUGUGAGUGCGCGCUGCAGGGGAAACCAGAUUGAGAAGCAGUGACGUGACCAGAGCUUGGGAAGAGGAGCUGGGGGACUCCAUUUGCUCAGAGCUCUCAGGUUGGGAAGGAAAGGAAAGGACAAUUACUCGUGCCCCUUGCUGGCGGAGAGGAAGAGGGGAGGGCAAGGAAAGGAACCAUGGCUUUGGAUGGUAUACGGAUGCCAGAUGGCUGCUAUGCAGAUGGAACUUGGGAGUUAAAUAUCAAUGUGACUGAUCUGAAUCGAGAUGUUACCCUGAGGGUUACAGGGGAGGUGCACAUUGGAGGGGUGAUGCUGAAACUGGUGGAAAAACUUGACGUUAAGAAAGAUUGGUCAGAUCAUGCACUAUGGUGGGAAAAGAAGAAAACGUGGCUCCUCAAAACCCAUUGGACACUGGACAAAUAUGGGAUUCAAGCAGAUGCCAAGCUGCAGUUUACCCCUCAGCACAAACUCCUACGGUUGCAGCUUCCAAACAUGAAGUAUGUCAAAGUAAAAGUAAACUUCUCUGACAAGGUCUUCAAAGCUGUCUCUGACAUCUGCAAAACCUUUAACAUUCGACAUCCAGAGGAACUUUCCCUGCUUAGGAAACCCAGGGAUCCUACAAAGAAAAAAAAGAAAAAAAUUGAUGAUCAGUGUGAAGAUAACAUUCUCGAACUUGAGGGGCCUUUGCUGACUCCAGGUUCUGGAACUGAGGUUCUUUACAUUGGCCCAGUAAAAGGGAGUAUUUAUUCCAGCCCUGGUUUGUACAGUAAAACCAUGACACCGACAUAUGACUCACGCGAUGGUAGCCCCUUGUCACCGACUUCUGCCUGGUUUGGAGAUAGCGCCCUUUCUGAAGGAAAUCCUGGAAUACUUGCCGUCAGUCAGCCAAUAACUUCACCGGAGAUCUUGGCCAAAAUGUACAAGCCACAAACCCUUCUUGACAAGGCCAAAAUAAACCAAGGGUGGCUGGAUUCCGCUAGAUCUCUCAUGGAGCAAGCUGUGAAAGAAAAUGAUGCCUUAUUACUUCGAUUCAAGUACCACAGCUUUUUUGAUUUAAAUCCAAAGUAUGAUGCAAUUCGAAUCAACCAGCUUUAUGAACAAGCAAAAUGGGCCAUUCUUCUAGAGGAAAUUGAGUGUACAGAAGAAGAGAUGAUGAUGUUUGCAGCUCUGCAGUACCAUAUCAACAAGUUGUCAGUCAUGUCUUCUGAAAACCACUACAACAACAGUGACAAAGAAGUGGAUGAGGUUGACGCUGCUCUUUCAGACCUAGAGAUCACUUUGGAAGGAGGCAAAACAUCAACUAUUCUGGGAGACAUUACUUCUAUUCCUGAACUUACAGACUACUUAAAGGUUUUCAAGCCAAAGAAACUGACCCUUAAAGGCUACAAGCCGUAUUGGUGCACAUUCAAAGACACAUCCAUUUCUUGCUACAAGAGUAAAGAAGAAUCAAAUGGAACUCCAGCUCAUCAGAUGAACUUAAGAGGUUGUGAAGUGACACCAGAUGUUAACAUAUCCGGUCAGAAGUUCAACAUUAAACUCCUCAUACCAGUUGCUGAGGGCAUGAAUGAGAUCUGGCUCCGCUGUGAAAAUGAAAAGCAGUACGCACACUGGAUGGCAGCUUGUAGGUUGGCCUCCAAGGGCAAAACCAUGGCAGACAGUUCUUAUAAUCUGGAGGUGCAGAAUAUUCUGUCUUUCUUGAAGAUGCAGCAUCUUAACCCAGACCCCCAGUUUAUUCCUGAUCAAGUCAACUCCGAUAUAAACCCUGAAUGUGUUGUUUCUCCUCGAUAUCUGAAGAAGUACAAGAACAAGCAGCCAGGCUAUGUAAGAGACUUGAUCACAGCCAGGAUCCUGGAGGCACAUCAGAAUGUAGCACAGAUGAGCCUGAUUGAGGCUAAAAUGAGGUUUAUUCAGGCCUGGCAAUCUCUGCCGGAAUUUGGCAUGACCCACUUUCUCGCCAGGUUCCAAGGAGGCAAAAAAGAAGAACUGAUUGGAAUUACAUACAACAGGCUGAUUAGAAUGGAUGCAAGCACUGGAGAUGCGAUCAAGACCUGGCGCUUCAGCAACAUGAAACAGUGGAACGUCAACUGGGAAAUAAAAAUGGUGACUGUGGAGUUUGCAGAUGAAAUGCGUCUGUCGUUCAUAUGUGCCGAAGCGGACUGCAAAGUAGUUCAUGAAUUCAUCGGCGGUUAUAUUUUCCUGUCGACGCGAGCAAAGGACCAGAAUGAGAGCCUAGACGAGGAGAUGUUCUUCAAGCUUACCAGUGGUUGGCUGUGAUUCAAUUUACCCAUGAGCUUUUUUUUUAUCUCUACAUAUGCUGCUUAAAAGAAGAAUAAAAAUAAGCUUGAAAUGUAUCCAUCCUAUGAAAUGUUUUGCAUUUAACAAGAUCUGUGUGCGCUAAUUUGGACACCUCGAUUCACCUAGUUCUGCCUGAGGUCGGUGGUGGGUAUUUGCUAAGCAGUUUUGUCUGGCAGUGACGGGAUUUAUCCCACCCGAGCUAUGAAAGGGGAUGAGAAUCCGAAAUAGAGUCCUGCACGGAACCAAUUUCUAAGACCCCGAACCUGCAUAUUUAUCCACUUUGAUCCACUACCCGCAACUUCCUUUUCCGCAACGUGCCGACCACCAUCAAACAGGAAGUGAUGUUGCUGCAAACCGGAAGUGACCUCAUCGAAAGUGGACGGGACAGAAAAAUUUUAAAAAUAGACAAUAUAAGAUAAGAAAUUUAGAUGAGACCCGCGACCCGCAUCUAUACCCACACCUGAAAAGCCUACCCUCGUUCCGCAGGGUACCCAACCCGCUGCAGGACUCUAAUCCGAAAGCCAUUUACCCACACCAGGACCCAGGCGCUUAAACUAUCCAACAUCUAUUUAUCACGUGUAAUGCAUGGGGUUUUUCUAUUUGCCUAAUAAUGGUGACCUCGCGGUUUUUAAACUCUCCUGCCUUUUAACCCUUUGGAGGGGGGCAGAGUGCACACUUGCUUAGCACUCAGGGUUAACCAUUUUCAGCUGGUCAUUUCACUACAUCAGAUCAAACUGAACUCUCUGACUGUCCUGAAAAUGAAAAGUAAUGUUCCAUCUGUAACCUGUUUUCUUCCUUCGUAUAUCGUCUUCGCUUUCAUUCUGUCUAACACCGUAUAGUAUUAUGACAACACGUAGUAUUCACCAGCGUACUCACGUCAGAUAUGCAAUAUUUCGUGACAAUAUGAAGUAAAGGUCUAAUGAAGUAUACAUUUUUGUGUAACUUAUGUACAAACACAAAUUUUAUAAUAAUUGUACAGUUUUAUCUUUUUUUUUUUUGGUUUGUUUUUCAUUAGCCACGUUUGCCUUAGAUCUAGUGUAUCUGCAUUUGAUUGUUAUGCCUGUAUUGAUGUAUGCCUUUAAAACAUAUGCCUUAAUAUUUAGAAUCAACCUAUUUCACUA